AUGACGAGGCAAGUGGGAGAUAGGCUCAGAAAUACAAAAUCUAUCCAGAGCAGCACAACACAUAUAAUAGGGGCAUGGAAUGUGAGAAGCAUGAGCCAAGGGAAGCUGAACAUAGUAAAAAUGUAAAUGGAACACAUUAACAUACUAGUACUGGGAGUAAGCGAGCUGAAAUGGAUAGGAAUGGGCCACUUUGAUUCAGACAACUACACAGUGUUCUACUCGGGAAAUGAGAAUACACGAAGGAAUGGGGAGGCACUAAUACUAAGGAGAGAUGUGGCAAAAGCAAUAAAGGGAUAUAAUGCCAAAUCAGACCGAAUCAUCUCAAUAAGGGUCUGUGGAAAACCUAUAAAUAUUAACAUAAUUCAAGGAUAUACACCAACCAUAGAUGCAAAAGAGGAAGAAUUAGUGACAUUUUGUGAAGGAGUCCAGGAAGAAAUUGACAAAACACCAGCACAGAACAUUAAACUAAUCAUAGGUGACUGGAACACCAAAGUUGGAAGCAAAGAGAAAUCCAAAACAAUAGGCAGAUUCGGAUUAGGCAAAAGGAAUGAAGCAGAUGAGCAUCUGAUAGAGUUCUGUGAAGCCAACCAUCUAUUCAUUUCCUUUUCCAUACAGCCAAAGCGAAGGCGAUACACAUGGACAUCACCACAAGGACAACGCAAAAACCAAAUAGAUUAUAUAAUCAGAAGCAAAAGUUGGAGAAGUACCAUUUUGAUGGCCAAGACUAGACUGGGUGCUUACUGUGGCACAGACCAUGAAUUAGUUAAUUCAAAAAUUAGAGUAAAACUU